UCUGCUGAGACGUGGAAGCCAGACGUGCACAGCCGGUCCGUGCGAUGAUUAACCAGCCGUGGGAUCCGAAGAGGCCACUAGAAGGUCCCCAGGGGCAAGCCCAGUUGUGCUGCGUCCUUUCCGACGGUGCAGGACCGUCAGCGCCCCGCGGAGCCACGCGGAGAGAGGCGGCAGCGCGGCGUCCGCCCAGCACCCGAGCCGCCGGGAGCUGGCGCUGCUCGGCUCUGCCGCGGACCUCUGCGGCCAGGCGCGCUCGGGCACCGCACUGCGCCGCGCACAGCAGCUGGUUUCGCGGUGAGAAGCUCCUGGAGUCGGGGUUCACCAAACUGGCCAGGGAAAAGUCGAAGGCGAAAGCGACUGUGGGGCGCCCACCCAGCCUCGGAGGAGGGUGGUGCGGUCCCUGGCGCAGCGAGCAGGAGGAGACCUCGGGCUUGCAGGGGGCCGAUGCCGAGGAGCAGAGGUGGGGAGCUGGACCCGCGCAGAACCGUAGAAAAACGCCGCACAGUUAUGCCAAGGACAAACCCUGGGUACCCUCGCCCGGGGCUGGAGCGCAGGGCGCCGGUGCUCUAACCGGGCGGUCGCUGCGCUCCAGCGAGGAGAUCUCUCACAAGGCUACAAUCAAGAUGGUGGCUAAGACUAGGGCCUCCUCUGAGGCUCUCCUGGGGCAGGAUCUGCUUCUAAGCUCGGAUGGCUGCAAUGAUGACCAGAUCAAUUCACCUCCAAAGAGGUUUCCUCGGAGAACACGCAGAGAUUGGAGUGAUGUGUCUACAAACUGGGGAAACCAAGGAUUACCAGCCAACACCAGAAGUUAAGAAAACGCCAUGAAGGAUUGCCCUGAAAGUUUCAGAGACAGCAUGGUCUUGUCAACACCAUGAUUUCAGACGUCAGCUUCCAGAACGGUGAGACAAUAAAGUUCCGCUGCUUUAAGCCUUUCUA